AUAUUUUUUUAAUGCCAAAUGGUUUACAUAACCACAAUGGAAUAAUGAACAUUUUUUCGAUUUGCAAAAAUAUUCUCAAUGAUCAUCACUUUUACAUCAGUUUGAACCAAUUUAAAAACUAAUUUGCGUUGUUCGAUUAAAAUAACUCUUAACCCACCAUCCAUGGCUUGGUCAAAAAAUAACAAGUGAAAAGCCGAGCUGAACCACAAUUUUCAAAGCGGUUUUGAAUAAAAUGUUGAAAUUAUGUAUAGGGAAAUGUGUCAUAAAUCUCAAUGAUGACUUCAAUUAGCUCCUAAAAGACUACAAAGUGGUCGAAAUCCAAAACAUAUGUGGCAACCCUCGUAUAAACGGAGUAUCAGUAUUGCCAAACAUUGUUCGCGAACACAUCUUAACUUUAUUAUUUAUCUAUAAUUAUCUUUGAUCUUUGAAUCGGACUCCGGCACAAGACGACGAGAGUCAACAACCGAUUCAGAUAUGUAUAUAUAAAUUUAUGCUAAUUUGAGCAAAGUUAUGCAAACAAAAGGGCGGAGCAUACCCAAAAAAUCAGCCAUAUAUGUAGUUAGCAAAUACAGAUAUGUACAAUUGGAAGAAGAUUGUGAAGAAAUGCGAAAUUUUCAUUUCCUAAAGGUGUUUCUUGCAAACACAAAUUGUGAAAUAACAAACGCAAUUUCAUAACUUUCAUCAAUGACGUAAAAUAAACACACUACGUAGAACUUAUGUACGAACAUUUGUGUGUAUUUUUAUUUGUAAUUCAAUAAAUAUAGUAAAUGCCACUAAACCAGUUUUAAACGCUGCGCGCAAUAACUAACUAUGCUACAUAACUAACUCUUUGGUAGACACUAGAUGUCUUGUAGCUUCCCAAUCAGCCAUGCGGAAUUUUCGGGUUUUUAAGCAACACAUAUUCCAGCAAUAUCUAGUAAAGCGUUAUAAACAGCGCCCCAGCCACUCACACGCUCAGCGAGCCAAGCACAUUGCUUUUUGUUGGCUGCUCGUUCAUUUGUUCGGCGACGACAAGUGUGCCCACUGCUCUUCAAGAAUGAGGAAAUCUGCUAGGCACCGGGUUGCAGCCUUUGGUAUGCGCCGCAGCCAAAGCUCUUUUUACAUGCAUAUAUACACAAAUACAUAUGUAUUCAGCCUUUGUAACUAUAUGUAUGUGUGUAGCCCCUGCUGCUGGUUUAUCCAUAAUUUCUCCGUAUCUUUUAUUUAAUUCAGUUCCAUUUGAGUUUUCGCUUAGCGCGGUUUGAUAUACCUGUUUCAUAUUUCUCAUAUAAACGUACACAUACAUGGUAUAUAAGUAUGUACAAUACAUAUAGAUAUUUAGUAGUAUAUUUGUGGCAAUAUAUAAAUAUUUAUGUGGCGCUUGUGUAUGACUUGGAACUUUGGGCAAUUCUAUUGUAAACUCUUGCAUUGCAGCAUUUGGGUUUAUUUCGCAUAUUCGUUGCAAUUAUUUUCUUUGUUUGUGUAAUGUUGUUGUAAUGCAGUAUAACAAGCUUUUGUACGCAAACUGGAAGUGGUGAAUCAGUGUGAUGUGCUGUGCAAUUAAUAAACUCAUAUGCAUACAUACAUAUGUAUACAUAUGUGUACAAAUAUACGCAAGUCUAUUGGAUAACAAAACAAUGCAUGCGCGUCUGUAAAUAUUCUACAACAAUUCACAAUUCGCUAGUUUACCUGUAAUCAGAUCCAUGCACACUUAAAUAUAUGUAUUUAUGCAUAUACAUAUAUAUAUAUAUAUGCAGUUGGCUGCAAUUGCACACUUCGGAGUGAAUGGCGUCCGACAGUUGCAAAAUCUUAAUACUUUAUUGGUGCUUAAUCAUUGCGCAAUGAAAUUAAAACGAUAUGGUAUGAAAACAUCAUAGAAAUUCAUUAAACGAAUGGAAAGAUAGUGUUACACUCGUAGGAUACGUGCUUGUAAAUUAAGAUGAACCAACAGUGUGUGAAAACUGAUCCUGGUACAUAUAAACUAUUUCGUAUCAUCAAAACAAACAACUGGCUGAAUUCAAAGAAGCUGACCUAAUCGAAUAAAGAUUAGACUAUGCAGCAAGGGAUUAUUAAAUCGGAAAGGGGAUACUCUUUUUAAUCGAGUUUAAUUGAAUAAAUUUGUUGUAGCCAUAUAAAUCAGAUAAAGCGAGUAGAGGAGUGGCAAAUCAACUUCGAUUAUAGAGUGCAUUUAUUGAAAACAUAGGUAGUUCUGGUGUAAGUUCUAAGCAUCGUUCGAACCUGUUUCAUUUUCUUUGAAUAAGCGCAAUUUCAUCUCGGCGACUCACAGCUAGGGAUUUAACACGCGAUCGUCGAGAUUUCGAAGCUAUUUUUUUUUUUCAAAUUUUUUCUUCCAUCGGUUUUUAAUUACGAGAAUGUUUUAUACAGAAUUUAAACCGAAGCCUAUCGUUUGUAGGUUGGUAGACUGCUCUUAGUAAAGUUUCCCAACAUUUCAGACGACGAAAAACAGCCACACGCUAUGCUAUGGUAAAACGAGCUCCAGAUAGUUUCAGAGUGUCGUACUUGGAUGAUCAAAAAGUAUAUCAAAAGCAGGGUUAGAAUAAAUCUACUUCUAUCAGCAGCUAACUGAUGUGUCAACAUUCAGCUGGAGAAUAACAAAGUAAAGAUAACAAAAAAAAAAAAAUAACAAACUACAACAACACUACCACCACUAGUACAUACAUAUGUAUAUUGUAAACUCAAGUCUACUGAAACAUUUCUUAACCAAUUUUUAUUAAAGCCUAUAGUAUUUUUUAUUACGACUACUAGAAAUAUAGAAACUUUACACAGACGUCGAAUGGCCACAGGCAUAUAAUACAAUAACAUUCCGAAAUACUGCAAGGCAGCUCAAAAUCCUACAAAUCAAUAUACACUAUUGAAAGAACAAAAAUUCCAUUUUAAAUUGAACAUAAUAAAAGAUAAAUAAAUAAACAAAUAAAAUCAUAAAAUCCUACAUAAAAGGUGAAAACAUGACGGAAACUAAUGCAUUUAAUAAUGAUGAGAAAUCGAAAAGGAGUCGGCGGCACAGUAGUCGUCGACAUAGCACCAGCAGCAGCGUUAGCAGCGGCAAAGGUGGUAGACGGCAUCGCGCACGUAAAGGUUGCUCCAUUGGCGCAUUCAUUGGUCAAUUACUUUUCAAUUUCAUUAGUAAAAUCUUACGACUCAUAUUCCAACUGAUCUAUGGUGUCAAGGGUGAACCUAUGCCUGCUAUCACUGAUCCCGUAUUGCUCGAGUCCGCCACAUCGUUAGCGCGCAAAAUACGCAAACAGGAGUUGUCGAGCGUUCAAGUAAUGGAAUCAUUUAUACGACGCAUUAAAGAUGUAAAUCCGAAGCUCAAUUGCUGUGUGGACAAUCGUUUUGAUGAGGCGCUGAAAGAGGCUGCCGAAGCUGAUGAACUAAUCAAAUCUGGCAAAUACACCGAGGAGGAGUUAGAGAAGACUAAACCAUAUUUGGGUGUGCCCAUAUCGACUAAAGAUUGCAUUGCGGUGAAAGGCCUUCUACACACUGCCGGUCUGUAUGCACGUAAAGAUGUGCGCGCCACUGAGGACGCCACUGCCAUGUCAUUGAUGCGACAGGCUGGCGCUAUACCCUUCGCGAUCACUAACAUUUCGGAGGUCUGCAUGUGGUGGGAGAGCAACAAUGUCGUGCACGGACGCACGAGCAAUGCAUACGACUCAAAUCGUAUUGUCGGUGGUUCCAGCGGCGGUGAAGGUUGCAUGCAAUCGGCGGCCGCCUCACCUUUUGGCCUUGGUUCCGACAUUGGCGGCUCUAUACGCAUGCCAGCAUUCUUCAAUGGCGUGUUCGGUCAUAAACCCAGCAAAUUUAUCGUUUCGAAUAACGGCCAAUUUCCAAUGCCAUUCACAGAUGAACAAAGCUCGUUUUUAGGCAUUGGACCAAUGUCACGUUUUGCUGAGGACUUAAAGCCCAUGCUGCGCAUUAUUGCGGGCGAAAAGGCCAAAGAACUGCAUUUAGACGAGCCAGUUGAUUUGCAAAAGGUACGCUUUUUCUAUCAGGAGAGCGAUGGCGGCGGUCGCUUAGUUUCGCCUGUGGAUGCUGAUCUAUUGGCUGGCAUGCAACGUACUGUGCAGCAUUUGCGACAGAAAUUAAAGCCCGUAUCAGUGGAAAAGGUACAAUUUGAGCAAUUCCGUCAAUCGGCUAUCAUUUGGUUUGCCAAUAUGAAGGAUGAUUCGGGCUAUACAUUCGCACAUCAAUUGGGUGAUCUCAAAGUCGCUAUAAAUCCCUAUUUGGAGCUGGUCAAAUGGGUAUUCGGCGCUUCCAAGCAUACAUUUAUUGGUUUGAUAACCGUAAUUAUGGAUAGAACACAAGUGCAAUAUGGCUCGAACAAAUACAAGUAUAUGGUGAAGAAGCGUGAUGAAUUGCGUGCCGAAAUGCAAGAGCUACUUGGCGAAGAUGGUGUUCUACUCUAUCCUACACAUCCCACCGUUGCACCAUACCACAAUGAACCCAUCUUCCGACCCAUGAACUUUUCCUAUACAGGCAUUGUGAAUGUAUUGGGUUUCCCCGCCACUGCCGUGCCUCUUGGGCAACUCGGUAGCGAAGGUGUGCCCUUGGGCUUACAGGUGAUUGCCAAUUUCAAUAACGAUAGGCUGUGUCUGGCAGUUGCCGAAGAGUUGGAACGCGCUUUCGGUGGUUGGGCGCGUCCCGAAGUGAAAGUUUAGUAGUAGUAGUUAGCUUGUCGAUGUCACAAUAUCAGCUGAUAUCUAAUUAUAUAACUGUUAUACUACCUAUAUUACUUAUGUACAUGUAAAGUUCUUGAAAUGAGGGUUUGUUUUUAUAUGUGUGUAAAUAUUUGCAACAACGCAGGCAUACGUGCAUGCAUACGGACAUGUCACGUAAAAGAAAUUAUAUUUUUAUGCAGAUUUAAUGAAAUUUAUGCACGCCGAUUUGUAUGUACAUAUGUGUACGUGUGCAUGUCGAAUUGUCUUUGAUACGCAACUUAAAUUAUACACGACUAUAUAAGUAAGAUGUAAUUUAAUGAAUACAUAUAUACAAAUAACUUUACAUCCAUAUAACAUACCUAUACUACAUGUAACUGUUAAGCAUUUAAAUGCGUUAAAUAGACUAACAUGUUGGUAUUACAAUAAGUUACCAGUACAUUGUAUUUAAAUAUAUACGUGAAUUUGUUUGUAUUAAAGUGAAUAUUUUUAUAAAAUAAAAUGUGUAUACAUAUUUAUGCAUAUGCGUAAAGGUAGAACUACUUACGAGGGAAAAGUGCUUCUAGUUUCUAAAUAUACAAAAAUUAUCUAACAUA